AAUGACAAUAGUUGCUUUCGCUAAAGUGCGUCGGUGGUCCAACGUUGGCGCCAGAUGAGCUGUGGCGCCAGCUAUACACACAGGCCGAGAGAGGAAGGGAAGACACGCACAGCAGUGUGACGAGGCUCACUACAGCUUGCAGAAAAGCCCUACUCAACCGGGAGUUUGAAACUCAACUCUUUGCUAUUUUCUUCUACAGUGUCCAAAGAGUAAUCGAUAAGGAGAGGUCUGUUCAUUCACAGACUACUCUGUGUCAAGGCCGCGAGAUCCAAAUCCAUAUACCCCAGUUUCUUAAUUUAGUCCUCAUCCGGCAGAAAAACGGAGGUCGCCGGGCUGGAGUGUGUUCUCAUGGCCGAGUCAGAGACUGAGUGUGACACACCUGGCCUCGACACGCUUGGGUCGGAGUGUGUCAUAGCCCACAGUCAUGUCGACCUUCAUUAUGGAGCAGAAACGGAGAUCAUGACAGAGGAAAAGCGUGGCCUGGAGCUGGAGAUCCACGGAGGUGACCUCAAGAUUCAAGGCUUAGGGACAGACCUUGGUGCUGUAACCUGUGUGGAGGCCAUUGUUGCAGAGUCAGACCAUGAUUACAUUAAGGUGGAACCUGCUGAUAUGCACUGCUUCACAGCAGCUGAAAUCAAGACCACAGGGACGGAGACUCUGUUGGGAGAGGUACUGCUUAAGACAGACAGUGAGCACAUGGUCAAAGUGGAGUCUGACCAUGGAGGUGAGCUGACGGUUGAGUCUGAGAAUGGUGUGAUCAUACACGAAGCCCACGGCCUGCAGUGCAAUGAGUGCGGGGAGAUUUUUGGUAGCAUAGCGGAUCUUCACCAACACUUUGAGAUCCACAAAGAUCUCAAUCCGUAUAUCUGUGUGCACUGCGGUGAGAGCUUCGCCGUCGAAGCUAGCCUCAAGCAACAUAUGAAAAUUCACAUGAAAGAGAUGCCGUACGUUCCUCCUGGUGUUGAGAUCAUGGGCAAAGAUGUCAUUGAUGCCUUUAGCCUCAAAUCCCAUCAAAUGAUUCACUUGACAGACAAGCCCCACAGAUGCUCAGAGUGUGGUAAGAGCUUUGCCGCUGCAAUCACUCUGAGAGAACACAUGAAGAUGCAUUCUGAGGACAAGCCAUACAAAUGUACUCAGUGCAGAAAGAGCUUCGUUCGUAGAAGACACCUGAAAAAGCACCAAGAGGUCCACGCUCGGGAGAAGCCAUAUACUUGCGGUCAGUGUGGCAAGGGCUUCGCGACAACUUCCAACCUGAAGCAGCACCAGAAAACCCACGCAGCAGUCGUUCUUGGAGACAAACCCCACCGCUGUGCCCAGUGUGGAAAAUGUUUCGCGGCCGCCGCCACCCUCAGAGAGCACCAGAGGAUCCACUCGGGCGAGAAGCCGUACAAAUGCAACAUGUGCAGGAAGAGCUUCGUCCGCAAGCGCCACCUCAAGAAGCACCAGCAGGUCCACGCUGGAGGGAAGCCCUACACCUGCAGGCACUGCAACAAGGGCUUCAAUCACUCCUCGUCUCUGUCUCGCCAUCACAAAACCCACCUGCAGAAUCCGGUGUUUUCCCCACCUCUGCCCGGGAAACCCAUGUCUUAUGCCAGCCCCCCAAAGCAGAGGGUGCUCCAGGAGGGAGAAAAACCCUACAUGUGUCACUUCUGUGCCAAGGGCUUCAAUCAUUCAUCCUCUCUGUCGCGGCACCAAAGAGUCCACUCUGAGGGCAAGAGCUACACCUGUGGUCACUGCGGUAAAACAUUUACCCACUCCUCCUCUCUCGCAAGGCAUCAAAGAGUCCACUUGGAAAACAAGCAGCAGCAACAACAGCAGGAGCAGCAGCCACAACCGCCCCCGCCUCCGUCGCCACAGUACGUCACCAUCCACACGGGGAAGGCUUUCCCCAACAACGCCUUCACCAAGCAGCACACCCCAACCGGCGAGAAAAGGUACAGGUGCUCUCAGUGUGGAAAAGGCUUUAACCAUUCAUCCUCCCUCUCCAGACAUCACAGAAUCCAUGUAAAUCAUUAAGCCUCUGCUUCCACAUUAAAAGCGCCCACAUUCCCAAAUCCCCUUGUUUCUGUCCUGCGAGUUAUGUUUUUUCAACAAUGUUGAUAGAGAACACGGAGGAGGUCAUACCGGCGUUUUAUGGUUUAGUGGAGCAUCUGGAAAUACAAACUGUAAAGCAGUCUUUAACAGGAAGCGGCUUUGUGUAAAGGACUGCGACAUGGAACUGGACCUUGUGACCUUUGUGCCCAGAACAAGAUGCUAGAUUGUGAAGGAAUCUGUUCUUGGACGAGAAUGCUUCAAUUCUACCAAGACAUCCUGAUCGAUUUUAUGGAGAUAAAAAAAGUUUGAUCUACAUGAGAAAGUUGUUUUUUGGGGGGAGGGUCACUGCUUUCCUACCUGGCCUUUCGAUAGAUCUUUGGGGUGGGCACAUUAGCAUUUCAUCUUUAUUCAAAGCUAUAUAAACACAAGUUUAAACAAAAAAUGCUUCAAUUGGAUUUUUUUCUUUAACCUACAUAACCCAGAUGAAGCAAAUAUGAAAAAAUCCAGUGUAAAUAAUCCACUGAUUUUCUUUUAUAUUUCUGUAUAGGUGACUAGUGUGCUGUUCUGAAAAAAAUGACAGUUUUGAUAGUAAAAUCCACUUGGUCUCCAUUUUUUCCCCCUCUUUUUUUUUCUUUUAAGUGAAGAUGUGGGUGUUCCCAUGCACAUUGUUCCUGAAAUUGGGCUCGGGCCGUCUUGUAUAUUUAUGAAUUUUUUUUUUGUAUGUCUAUGAUGGUUUAGCACUGCUGCAUAGACUGUACAGAGCAAUACUGACUGACACCCCAAGUCUGUUAUUACAUGCAAUUUAAUCAUGAUAAAUGCAUUGUAGAAAAUAAAAGCCCGUUGGGUAGCAUAUUGCAUCA